AUGGACAGAGGCUCGCAAGUCCUGGAGGAAGAAGCUAUCGACGAGGCCAUCUCAAGACUAGCAGCCUUAAAGUCAAGAAGAUCGACGUUGCGUCGCCAGAUCACGAUGACCAACAGACAGAUCGAGUCUUUGAUCAGCGUAAGGGGUUCAAGAAGAGCCUUGCGUGGAUAUCUACGACACGUGGAAGAGUUGCUGCUGGAGAGUACAACGCUGCAUUCCGAGAUAUUAUCGGUCGAAGACAACGACGCGGAGGCCGAAAGACAAGAUUCUAAUCAUUUAGGCUACAUCACACGUUCGAAUGAGCUGGCCGUUGCUGCGCAAGUCUAUUUGAACAGUCGAGAUGGAGACGCCGAGUCGGUCAUCGGACAAAACAUCAUCCCGAACCCAGCGCCUGUAAUACCAGCGCCUGUAAUCGACCCAGUGGAAGCACAGAGAAGAGAACGUGCUCAUCAGGAAGAGGUCGCCAACGCAUUGAUGAGAGCAGAACAAGCUCGUGAACGAAUGGAUAGGGCUUGGGAGGAAGCGGAUGAAGCUCAAAAUGCUCUCAGGUCUCUGGGAAUAGAGAAUCCAAGAAGGAAUCAGCUGCCCGAAGAGGACCGGUUUACGUCAGUUAGUCAACGCCCUAUUACUCCAGCUGAAGAUGGAUUGGAGCAGCAACGCCGGAUUAACAUCAACAACAAUCAAGAGAAUCCUGACACCUGGAUCGACCUAUACAGUGCGGGCCUGCUUCCACCCGUCGUUGCCACUCAUAACACGCGUUCAUCAGUGUCGGCCGAGCUAGAGUCUUUCGAAGGAAAAGCACUCAAACGGUUCUCUUGGAUUGAUCUAUUCAGAGCACUAGUACAUGACACUCCUAAGUCAGCUGGUGAGAAGUUGGCGCUUCUGAAGAGAUACUUACGCGGAGAUUGUUUGGAUUUAGUCUACGGUCUUGGAGGUGGUGAACCAGCGUACAUUGAAGCUCUUGUUCGUCUGAAGCAGACUUGCGGACGACGUGACGUCAUGAGAGCAGCCCAUCAUCAAGCCAUCGGGAAACUCGAACCAAAGCAGGACCCGGGAUCGUUCAAGCGGUUUGUGGAGAGGAUCCGCACUCAUCUAUUCGACCUCAGCAGGAUCGGGGAGACCGGCACAGCGGAUCUGAUCGAGAAAAUUUGCUUGAAGCUUCAGUUGCACGAUCGAUUGGCCUGGAAUGAAGGGAGACGAGGACGGAUUGAAGAUCGGAGCCUGAAUGGUUUCGGUAUUUGGCUGUGUUCUCGCGCCUCCGCGUAUCAAAACGCGUUCAGCAUAGCUGCAGACCAGGUCAAUCCAAACUCGAGCAAGCUAUCCAAUCAGAAACGUCAAGCCCGGACAAAUCAAAGUUCGACCAAGUCAUUUGACGGGCAGAAAAAGGAGUUUAGUCGUUUUAACGGUAAACCGUUCUGUUUCAAGUGUGAGAAGGAGCAUCGAUUGGUUGAGUGUGAAGAUUUUAAAUCGCUUUCCGUCGGGGAGCGUCUUACAUUUUGCAUGCGUCGACGUCUUUGCUUCUACUGCUUUUCAACCAAGCAUUCAGUUCGUGAGUGCGACAGACGGAAGAUAUGCAAGAAUGCCGGUUGCGGUUUUUAUCAUUAUCAGUUGCUGCAUUUUUCCACCAAGAAAAGUUUGCCGUCGGAAAAGGGGAGUGAAGAGAAAGCAAGACCUACGACAGCGAGGACUGGUGCGCCCCAACGCGUAGCCAUGGGUAUGCUGCGACUACCAGUAAUGGCUGAAGAUGGCAGUUGGGUUUUAGCCAAUAUUUUUAUCGGCGAAGGAAGCGACACGACUUUAAUGCGUAGUGCAUUCGCCAAGGUGCUGAAGCUUCGUGGGCCACCUCAGUUUCUAACCGCGGACGGAGCCGGUGGAGUAAUCACUCGUCAUCGUUCGAGUAGGAUCCAGUUUCGAGUUCAAGCUGCUGAUGGAGAUAUCCUGUCUCUGGAAGGAUCCACUAUGAAGAAGGUGGCUAGUCCAACACCGGUGACGGACUGGAAUAAAGAAAAGGUCCAAUGGCCUCACCUGGUGAGUCUCCCGCUCGGAGAGACAGGAGGAGGAGUUGACAUUUUAGUUGGAUUAGAUCAUGCCCAUCUAGUAGCGGUCAUUGAAUCAAGAGUCGGAUUGGAGAAAGAAUCUAUCGCCUCCAAGACGGCGUUCGGGUGGAUCGUUCGAGGCGUUGUUGAAGGUCGAGUAAACGUUACAUCCGUUCGGAGCUGCAAGAUAUCCGGAAGCGCCUCGUUAGCCAAUCUCGCCACGGAAAUGCGUCGGUUUUGUGAUACUGAGGACUAUGGAACCGAACAUCAGAUUGGGUGUGUCUCACCUGAGAAUAAGCGAGCUCUCAAGAUCGUCCAGGAGAAGACGAAACGAUUGGAGGUUGGUUACGAGGUACCAAUCAUCUGGCGUGAAGAAGAGCCCAACUUGGACAGCAAUCGUCCGAUGGCGGAGAAUAGAUUCCGGAGCUUGCUGAACCGUUUCAGACGUCAACCGGAGUUCGAGAGGGACUAUCGAGCGGCCGUUCAGAAAUACCUAGAUCAAGGUUAUGCAUCCCGCGUUCCAGAUCCGGCCAGCGCUCUAUACUUUUUAGCACAUCAUGGAGUAUAUAAAGGGACGAAACUACGAGUAGUUUACGACGCCGCCGCCGCCUUCAAAGGAAAAUGUCUGAACGACGCCAUCAUCUUUGGUCCCGCCUUGCAGCCAUCAUUGGCUGCGGUUAUCAUCCGUUUCCGUGAAGGAGAGAUUGCCUGGGCCUCAGAUAUUGAGGCUAUGUUCAGCCGUUUACGUCUUUCCAGUGAAGAUCGUAACUACUUCUGCUUUUUAUGGCAGGAGAAGGACGCUGCCGAGCUAAUUGUUUGUCGAAUGGAUCGACUCCCAUUCGGAGUCAACUGUUCACCGUUUGUAGCUAUCUACACCGUCCGUCGCAUUUUAGAAGACGCCGGAGUGCCAGAAAGUGUGAUUCAGGCCGCCAAGGAAAGAAUCUGGAUUUCAAAUUCCAUUGACUUCCUGCGAGCAGUGUCAAGAACGGAGCCGGAAACUGAUUCAAUCUCUGCUCAUCCGCUCAUGGGUGAGAACACAGAAAAGGUGCUCGGAAUCGUCUGGGAUCCAAAGGCUGAUCUGCUGGGAUUCAAGGUGGACAAAAUGCUCGAUUCUUCCUUUUCAAGAGUUGAUUUGGUCAGCAAAGUGGCCAGCGUCUUCGAUCCGUUGGGUACAGCAUCGCCCUUUAUCGUCAAGGCUAAGAUCCGUUUGAGAAUUUUGGGUCUCAAUGGGCUCGGAUGGACGGAUAUAAUUACUGGUGACGACGAAAUUUGGUGGAGAAAAUGGUUUCUCUCUUUAGAACAGCUCAACACGAUGAAAAUGCCACGAUGUCUGUUUCCCGAUCGAGCCCAGAUCUCCACGGUUGAUCUUCACGCCUUUGGAGACGCUCCGGAAGAAGCCUAUGCUGCCGUUAUCUACCUUCGCUUUGUCUACUCAUAUGGCAGGAUACUGGUACGUCAAGUCAAGGCAGCGAAUAAGAUCGCCCCGAAGAAAACAAUUUCAGUGCCCAAGCUGGAAUUGAAUGCUGCGUUACUAGGUGCUCGUCUUCUUCGAACGGUUCAUUCCAUCCUCGAGCCAAUGAUUCAACGGCGUUUUCUCUGGAAGGAUAGCAGUACGGUCCGGAAUUGGAUCCGGGCGACCGCGGCUUACUACCAAGUCUUCGUGAGCAAUCGCGUCGGAGAAAUUCAGACCAUCACGGAGCCAGAAGAGUGGCGCUUUAUUCCAGGAGUAUUAAACCCAGCCGAUCUCGCCACCCGUUCAUCGAUUGAUGAACAGCCAAUUCCGUCCAUGUGGUUGGACGGACCAGAAUUCUUACUUCAAUCGGAAGAUAGCUGGCCAGUGGAUCUCCCAUGGAUGGCCGUAACUGAAGAAAUGCGCUCGAGCCGUUCAUAUUCUGCCGCCGUGAAGAAGGAUACUGGUCAUUGGAAGGAGAUUCAAAUAGGACCCGGCGACAUUCCAGCCCUAUCCAAGCUGGACGAGAAAUAUCAAGAGCUGGUCAAGGCGUGUCAGUCGGAGGUGUACGAAAAGGAGUUGCAUCGUCUCAAGAAGGGCAAACCGCUCCAUUCUACUUCGAGUCUGUUGGCCUUGGCUCCUGUGCUCGGUCCAGAUGGCGUGUUACGGCUUGGAGGACGGGCUGGACGCGCAAAACUACCAUACGACCAGUUACAUCCACCUCUGCUUCCCGGGAGUCAUCCAUUCACCGAGAAAAUCAUCAUCGCCUUUCAUGAACAUCUUAAGCAUGUUGGUACGGACUUCCUACUGUCUUAUAUUCGCCAGAAUUUUUGGAUAACGAGCGGAAACCGAGCGGAACCUGGCGAGCAGUUGAUGGGAGAUCUCCCCGAUUCGCGAUUGGACUCCGGUUCUCUUCCCUUUACACGGACCGCCAUCGAUUUGUUCGGCCCAUUUGAAGUCGGUCUCAUUCGGAAUCGCACGGCCAAACGAUGGGGCGUGCUAUUUACGUGUAUGGUCACCCGAGCAGUUUUUCUGGAGCUCGUCCCAUCUCUUUCGACGUCAGACUUCCUUCUAGCAUUGAGAAAGUUCAUUUCUUUGUAUCGAAAGCCGGAAGUCAUACUUUCCGACAAUGGAACCAACUUUGUCGGUGCUGAACGAGUGUUACGAGAAGCAGUGGAGAAAAUGUAUGCAGAUGAAGCUAUUCCGAAAUUCCUGAAAGAAGUCAACAUCAUAUGGACCUUCCAGCCAGUCUGGACCCCACAUUUUGGUGGCACGCAUGAAUCGCUGGUCCGAUCCACCAAACGAGCCCUGUACAACGCCUUAGAGCAAGAAGGGGACAAAUUUCGUUACCCAACAGAAGACUUGUUCCGCACAUUGCUGUAUGAAGUAGCUGGACUUCUAAACACCCGGCCGUUGACCUACGCUAGUUCGGAUCCGGAGGAUUUUCGUCCGCUCACUCCGAACGAUUUCCUAAAUCGACCGCCGACGUCAUAUCCGCCUGCUGGAUCCUUCGAUGAUGCUUCGCCUCAAGAGCACUAUCGCUACCUGAAGCGGGUGCUAAAUUUGUUUUGGAGCAUGUGGAAAACUACGUAUUUGCAGUCGUUAGCUGCAAGAAAGAAGUGGAAUAUCAAGCGCCCAAAUCUGGAAGUGGGCGACGUCGUAUUGGAGAUCAACAAGAACUUCUGGCGUGGAGAGUGGAGUAUUGGACACGUCGCCAAGGUAUUCCCAGGCACAGAUGGAUGUGUUCGAGCUGUCGAUAUUCAACUUCCAACCGGAAUCUUUCGCCGAGGAAUAACUGAACUUUGCCUACUAGAAUCCAGCUCGUCGGUCCAACCGGACUCGGGGGAGAAUGAAUCGGCGAAAUCUGUAUUAUUACAAUAUGACAACGUUUAA